AUGGCGGGGGAUGAGAUGAAGAAGCUUGGGCCUCUUGCUCUACAGAUAGUUGAUGGACUACGCGGAGCAGCACUUCAAGUGGUGAGGGCCCUUCCGGUGGACGAGCUUGCCAACAAGGAGAAAGGCGUGGAGUUUCUGUUGAAGAGCUUGACCAGAUCACACCAAGCAGGUGCACAGAAUGUCGGCAUUCUCAGCCGACAGCGUGGAGAACCGAUCGCCAGCUAUGUCUUGAUGAGACGUAUGGAGACGUGCAUGGUACAGGAUGAUGCUAGACUUGCAGUUGCCCGAGGGGAUCUUGGCGGAGCAGUUGCUGAUGAAUGCAGACUGCUGAUUCGCAAGGCGAUCAAGGUCGACAUGGUUUGGGACAAAGUUUGUGAAGAGCUGGUGGCCCAGCACAGCAGAAUCCACGAGAAGGAGAAGGGCAACAGUUUUGGUAAGGGCUACAAGUCCUCAGCUUUCAGGGGCUAUGGCAAGGGAAGCUAUGGGCACAUCACCGAGGACCACAUUGUGUAUCAUCACAUGGAGACUGUCGAGCUCUAUGCGGAUGAGUAUGACCCGGUUCAGCUGGCCUUCCAGGCGAUGGUGGAUGAAGGUUUGGAUGAGGAAGACCCAGAAGCGAUUGAACAUGCAGCUGACAUUUUGCAGGCUGAGCCAGAGGCAGGCCACUAUGGCUUCUGGAGUAAGGGACAUGAACGACAGUUCCAGGUCCAUGGAAGCCUCAGCUUGGAGGAGAAACGUCAGCACAUCCAAGCGCUCAAGUCAAAGUCUUCUUGCCGACAAUGUGGACAAGUUGGACAUUGGGCCAAUGACCCAAUCUGCCCAAAAGGGUCGCGAGAAGGAAAAGGCAAAGGCUCUUCAGCGUCGACUACCAGUACGGCCUCUACCGCGGGGAACAGUUCCCACAAGAGCAAGGGAUCUGAGCCCAAACAACGCACCGUCUACUUUGCCAUCAAUGAGUAUAACGAGAAGCCCACUGCGGACCUCUGCGGAUACAUGGUGACUGUCAUCGUUGCAGAAGAUGAGAAGACGGCUGAUGAGAUUUUGGAUUCCAUGAUCGCCCAGGCACAAGUUCAACAGGCUCAUCGAGAUCAAGCUCAACGAGUUCCUGCGAUGCUACCUGCUGGACAAGAUCUACGUGCUCGCAUGGUGUACAUCCUGGAUGAGCAUGAGCGCUCACAGCGACUUCAAGCUCAAUACGGCAUUGGACCUGAUCAGACGCCUGGGAGUUUGAGAACUCCGUCGGCUCCGACCCCUUCAGAUUGCGUCCAUGCCAGGACAACUACACAUGGAUCCAAUGACCGCAAGCGCAUCACCAAGUGCAAGGACUGUGGCCUGCUCUUGCAUGAGGAGUUCCUCACGCCAACAGAGAAGAUGAAGACGGCUUCGCCUAAAGAAUGUGCUCAUGAAGACCGAGACUACAGAGGAACGAGCGGUUGCGCCUACGCCAACUACACCAAUGAGGACACCACAUGUGACGCCAAGCCCCACUAUGGCGACAGCUCGAGAAGACCACGAGGUGGACAAUCUCUACCAACGCAGUUGGACAGAAUAAACGACAGAAGUAGGCGCGGUGCAGUGGUGAAUGAUCGUCGACGACCGGCAGCACAACCAGAACGAUCUCGCAGUGACAGUGCAGCGAGAGCUUCAACACCAUUGCCGGCGACGCCAACUUCUGUGGCACCUUCACCAUCGACACCUGGUGAAGUUCAAGAUGUCAGGACUUUGGAUGGCCAAAUUCUGCAAUCUGGCGCCUAUGCUGGGCGCACCUAUGCAGACGUCUACUUCAAUGAGAUGAACUGCCGGAAGUCCAUGACACCGACGCUCCCUUGCCAUCCCUUGCUGCUGAGCGCUGGUGCACAGCAGAAAGUGGGUCUGGUGAUCGGCAUGGGGAACCACACCAUCUACAGCCGCACGCUGGACAAGGAGUUGGAGCUGAUUAUGCACAAUGGUUUGCCUUCCGUCGCACUUCAUCCUGGAGAACCUGGUCUGGGCAACAUCGUGCUGAACGCCAUCGAGGAGCAGCACGACAUCCAGGACAUCUUGCAGAAUGACCACGUCGUUGAGGAUGACGACACUGUCAAGUAUGUGGACACGGUUUCAGAGGAGGAGAACAAAAAAGUGAACAAAGGUGGCAGUGACUACAUGCCUAUCAGUGAGGGCAAGGUCGAGAUCAUGACGCGCAGGCAGCGCAAACAUCUCCAAGAGUCCCUGGACGAAGUGGAGAAGGAGGAUUGUGCUAUGUGGUCUACUUUGUCACCGAACUACAAGCGACCGAGAAGGAUGUUGCCGCAAGGAUGCAAGUCCUUCCUGAUGGAGAUCUUCGCUGGUGUGGCUACCCUCAGUUGCAUUGCUGUUGUCAAGUUGGGGUUGAAAAUGUCGGCGGCCAUCGAUGUAGCCUAUGACGACAGGUACAACCUCUUGAAGAAGUCCAACCGGGACUACCUGGAGAAGUUGGUUGAGGAUGAAGAUCCUUUUCUACUUUCUCUUGCGCCUGUUUGUGGACGCUGGAGCAGCUGGCAAUAUGUCAACAUGUCCAAGGACGAGGACACCAGGGAGAAGAUCAUCCAGCAGCGCAAAGAAUGGUAUCCAGUUUUGCAGUGUGUGGCCAAGAUCAUCAGAUCACGACUGGCCAAAGGUCGUGAAGUUUUGGCUGAAAACCCAUGGCCAUCGCUACUUUGGCGAUUGCGCUGUGUGGAGGACCUCACUGCAGAACCGGUCUACAAAGCUUCUGGAGCUGGUGAGGAGAUGAAAAGUCAAGUGGUGCAGCUAGCUUUUGCCACCGAAGCCGCACAAGAAGAGCAAGAAGAGAUGGGCCCUUUGGAUGGUGUUCAUGGACCUGAAGAUGUCGAAGAGAUGCUGGCGAAGCGACGCCGAAUUAACUUGGAAGAGUUGGACCGAGAAGAGGACUAUGAGGAAAAGAAUGUCGACAACACUGAGGAGGUCGUGGCGUACAAAGAGAAGGUGAGGAGAGACAUGGAGAGACAAUUGGCCGAAGAUCAGCCAGGCUGUGACCGACAAGUCAUACAAGCAGCCCGAUACUUCAGAUGCCCCAGCCGUGAUGAGAUCAAGAAUCAAGAGCGACCACGAGUGGUCAAGCCCAUGAAGGAGCCCCACCAGAUGCAGUUCAACAAGGAGGUGUCCAUUGAUGUGUUUGAACUGCAUGAUGCAAUGGAUGCUCGACAUACGGUGCUGAGCAUGGUGGAUGUGGCGACGCUCUGCCAGAUAGCAGUGCGACCGGGAGGCGGUGGAACUCCAUCAUCCAAGCUAUGCGUCGAAGCUAUGAACCAGUCAUGGUUCACCCGUUUUGGAGCACCUGGUGCAGUGGUGACGGACCAAGGAGCUCAUAACUCUGGAAAAGUCCGAGGGCUACUUCUGGCACAUGGCGUGGACAUCAGAAGAAUUGGUGCUCAAGCACCACACCAGCUGGGCAUCGGUGAACGCCGCGGUGGUUUGUUGGAAGCCAUCAUGAAGAAGGCGACCCACAACCGACAAUUUGCCGGUGCCGAAGCGUUGUCAGCCCUAUGUGCAGAAGCAUCGCGUGUGAAAAAUUUGACCAUGAACUUGGGAGGUUUGGGCCCGGCCCAAUGGGUUUUAGGCAUCUACGGCCAAGGUAUGAUGGACAACCUCUCUACGUGGAUGUGGCCGAUGCCCCUACGAGGCGAUGCUGAUGGACAAGCUGAUCAUGGAGCACCACAACUACUUCCUGAUCUACCGGAACCAGUUCCAGAUCCAGAUUUUGAAGUUUUGACUCCGCCUGGACUGGAUGAAGAUGACGUGGUGCCAAGCCCAUCGCGGAUCAGCGACCUGAGCGGCCAACUGGAGAUCGAGGUGAGCCCGGAGACAACCAUGUCUGAAGAGACCUCGGACAAGAAGAUCACCGAGAAGGUCAAGCAGCAUGCGAAGCGCAAUCAGAAGACUGGAGCAGGAAGGGAGGUGAUCUACAAGACCUACACCAAUGAGAGGUGGAUUUCAGAAGCUGAACUGCAAAAGAUGAAGAACAACCACCCCGAGCUGAAGGUCAUUCCUACGCGUUGGGUCGAAGUGGACAAAGCUGAAGUUGGACAAGAACCAGUGAUGAAGUCCCGCAUCGUGCUGAGAGGAGAUCUAGAAGAUGCCAGCCGCAUGAGAACGGACCCCCCAACUUGCAGUCAGUUGAUGCUGUCAACUGUGUUGUUCAACGCUGGUCCUGAGGAUGCUGAUGCCAAAAGGUCGCCCGAGGAGGAGGGCCAAGGCGAGGACUAUGUCAUCUCCACAGCCGUCUAUGGCACCAAAGAUGGACCUCGAGGUUGGUACAAGAACCUCCACACUGCGGUAGUGAAAGUUGGGCUACGACCUGUACCGCAUGAACAAGCAGCGUUCGUGCUCAACGACGAGACUGGUGUAAUCGCUGGAUUGGCCAUAGUGCACAUCGAUGACAUCCUAUGGACUGGUGGAAGGGUCAUGGAAGAGAAGAUGCAGGAGGUCAUCGAGCUCUACAAGGUCGGCAAGGUGGAGAAGAAUGACUUCAAGUACUGUGGCCGCCAGAUCCUCAAGGACUCCAAGGGCGCGCAUGUGACUUGCCCAAGCUUCACAGAUCGAGUUCAACCGAUCUACAUGGGCACAGCUGAAAGGAAGAACAAGCAAUGUGCAGCCACUGAUGGCUACAAGCUGCAGCUGCGAUCAGUGAUUGGUUCACUGGCCUGGUUGGCAAGGGUUUGUCGCCCUGACCUUGCCUAUCCCGUGAACUACCUGCAGGCUUUCGACUUUGACAAGGCGGCGGCCGUUGGUCUCCAAGAUGCAAGUUUUGCAAAUGAUGCUGAGGAUCCAGGAGCUAAAGUGGAAGACUCCUAUGCGAUGGUGCUACAUGGGCUUCGACAAGAUCACCAUCGAUACGACAAGUCGUGGCAAGUGGAAGCUGUGGACUACACCCAUGUGGACCUCUUCACAGACUGCCGAAGCUGGGAGGAGUAUGUCAACCAGCCGGGUCUCCACUCGACCAGUGACAAAAGAUUGGCAAUCGACCUGACCGGGAUCCACCAACAGAUCUGGAGAAAGCUGCAAGAGGAGACAAGUGAUCCACUGAUCGCUGACCGUUUGCCAGAGGGAGCAACAACCAAGCUUCACUGGCUUUGCACAACGAAGAUGGCCGCGGACUGCUCGACAAAGGCCACGCGUCCCGGUACCUUGGUGGAUUGA